CUCCUGUGGAACUACAAACUGAACCUGACGACUGACCCCAAGUUUGAGUCUGUGGCUGUGGAGGUGUGCAAGUCCACCAUCACCGAUGUAAGUUGGCUGGCUAGCUAGCUUUAUGGCUCUGACUAUAGGUCCCUCAUGCUACAAGUGUCACUGUCCCUGGCACCUAGCAACACACAGCACUUUUAAUUGGUAGAACACCUAGUAGCAACACACACCACUUUGAAUACCGUUAACUAGGCCUAAAGCACCCAUGCACUUAGCUGGAAAUGUUUCAAUUACAGAAAAAAGGGGUCCGCCUCUUAAUAGUUUUUUCCUUUCAUUUCUUUAAUUAUGGAUUCGUUUUGGCUUAAUCCCUAUGUUCACAGGACUUUGAUGUCCAAACUAAAAUCCCUUUCAAACCAAGACGAAAACCUGCCAACUUUUUGCAGACUAAAAGGUAUUGCCGUUAAACAAAGCCUCUACUUUUAUUUCCGCCAACCGACUUAGUCAUGAUUGCGGUAAUGUAUUUAAAGUUCUCGCCAACCCCUCAGUAUAAAUGUCCCCUUUCAUUUUACCGGCUUUGGCACGCAUUAAAUCAUGAACGUUCUAUUGUUGUUGUCCGACUUGUCCUUGUUAUUAUGAAAAAGUAUAAACACAAUAAUGGCAGUCUGCAUGCAGCAGCCUGGUCCAAAUAGCAACGUUACCUGCUCUAUUUUUUUUUACAUCAAAAGAACUCAUCCGUUUAAAAAUGUAUUUAGGGUAUGCCAAUCUACGAUAUUUUGGUUUGUUGCUAGCUUUUUAGCUAGCCAGCUAUCUAUCUAGGAGCCAAAGUGUUGGUCAGAGUUUCCCAGGGGACCCUUGUUACAUUUGAAAAAUUGAAGCCACUUGCGAUAUGGAUAUUGCACAUGUCAAUAUUGCCAUUUCGAUAAUAAUGUGAUUAAUUGUGCAGUCCUACAACAAACCGUGACUCCUAUGUGAAUUACGUAUAAUAUAAGUAAGAAAAAUAUUGUGACCUUGAGAAACACAAUCUAUCAUUUUCCUUUCCUCCUCCUUCCUUCAGAUAAAAGAAUGUGCAGCGGAGGAGAGAGGGAAGGGCUACUUGGUGUCCUGCCUGGUGGAUCACCGCAGCAACAUCACAGAGUACCAGUGCAACCAGUACAUCAUCAAGAUGACCAGCAUCGUGUUCAGUGACUACCGCCUCAUCUGUGGCUUCAUGGACAAGUGUCGCGAGGAUAUCAACACCCUGCACUGUGGCAGCAUCUCCACCGGCGAGAAGGUAAUAGGCUGGCUCUUGCCUUCAUACACACUGGUCUCUUUGCACAUUUUCAAGUACAAUUUGCAGUGACCUGUAAAAUCUAAUAAGGUCUAUAAAAAUAGAACAAGCCACAGGAAUUGGUCAAGAUGCCUUUUUGGAGUAGCUGCUCAAACUUUGGAUUUGUGUGAAUCUGUCUCUGUGCUAUAUGUAGAGGUAACACAAAAACAGGCAGGCGCAGGAUAUGCCCAUUUGUUUGUGCUGGUUUCUAAUUUGUUACUUUGGUUUUCAGUUUUAUUUGACACCUUGUAUUUAAACAUGACAUGACUACAUGAGGUUUGGGCAUAGGGUGGUCGGGUUUUCCUCCUUUGUGCUAAUUGAGCUCCAGUGUUAGGCUAGUCUCCUGGCCAAUGUCUAUUUGCUCUCCCUACAGUCAUAAACUUACCUACAGUGGGUGUUAUAAGUAUUCACCCCCCUUGGAUUUCUUCACAUGUUGUUACAAAGUGGGACUAAAAUUGAUUUGUCAUUCUUUGUCAACGAUCUACACAAAAUACACUGUCAGGAUGGGGAGAAAAAUCGAACAUUUCUUCAAGUAAUAAAAUAAUGAAACACUAUACCUUGAUUAUAUAAGUAUUCACCUCCCUGAGUCAAUACAUGUUAGAAACAACUUUGGCAGCGAUGACAGCUGUGAGUCUUCUUGGGUUAGUCUCUAAGGGUGUUUUCACAUAUGGUCCUCUUUAAAAGAACUGAUCUCUGUCCUCUUUAAAGUGAACUCUGGGGUACACGCUGUUCUUUGUAUUCACACUGCCCUUGCCGUUGAAUGAGGACUCACCUCUUUUGAGUCCUCUUUGAAUUCACAUUGCUAUGUUUAGAAAGGAACCAAGAUCUUUUUCCAACAUUCACUCAAUGCACUCUGGGUUUUUACAAAGUGCAGGACAAGCCAUUCUGUGUUAUCGGACAGCUAGAUAUACUUACUUACAUUUUGGAAGCUAAUAGAUUGCAUUUAGUUAAAAGAUGAGACGUAAUAAUUAUUCUGAACAAAAAUAUAAACGCAACAUGUAAAGUGUUGGUCCCAUGUUUCAUGAUCUGACAAAAAAGAUCCCAGAAAUGUUCCAUAUGCACAAAAAGCGUAUUUCUCUAAAAUGGUGUGUACAAAUUUGUUUACAUCCCUGUUAGUGAGCAUUUCUCCUUUGCCAAGAUAAUCCAUCCACCUGACAGGUAUGGCAUAUCAAGAAGCUGAUUUUAAACUGCAUGAUCAUUACACUGGUACACCUUGUGCUGGGGACAGUUAAAGGCCACUCUAAAAUGUGCAGUUUUGUCACAUAACCCAAAGCCACCCAUGUCUCAAGUUUUGAGGGAGCGUGCAAUUGGAAUGGUGACUGCAGGAAUGUCCACCAGAGCUGUUGGCAGAGAAUUGAAUGUUCAUUUCUCUACCAUAAGUCGUUUUAGAGAAUUUGGCAGUACGUCCAACCGACCUCACAACAGCAGACCACGUGUAACCACGCCAGCCCAGGACCUCCACAUCUGGCUUUUUCACCUGCGGGAUGGUCUGAGAUGAGCCACCCGGACAGGUGAUGAAACUGUGGGUUUGCACAACCAAAGAAUUUCUACGCAAUCUGUCAGAACCCGUCUAAGGGAAGCUCAUCUGCGUGCUCGUCGUCCUCACCAGGGUCGUAACCGACUUCAGUGGGCAAAUGCUCACCUUCGAUGGCCACUGGCACGCUUGAGAUGUGUGCUCUUCAUGGAUGAGGCAAAUGGUGGUCACACCAGAUACUGACUGGUUUUCUGAUCCAUGCCCUUCCUUUUCUUUAAGGUGUCUGUGACCAACCGAUGCAUAUGUGUAUUCCCAGUCAUGUGAAAUCCAUAGAUUAGGGCCUAAUGAAUGUAUUUAAAUUGACUGAUUUCCUUAUAUGAACUGGCCCUCUUUGAAAUUGUUGCAUGUUGCGCUUAUUUUUGUUCAGUAUAUAGUCAAAUAAAAUAAAAAUGUAUUUGCCACAUGUGCCGAAAACAACAGGUGUAGACAUUACCGUGAAAUGCUUACUUACAGCCCUUAACCAACAAUGCAUCAGAAGAUGAUAACAUGUAAAUAUUAUAAAUAGUAGAAGAAUAACUGCAGAUGUAAUAAUGAUGUAAUUGAAAAUUGUACAUCCAAUGUAGGCUACUGCAUUGAUUUUGUAACCUAUGUUGUGAUUCUCACCAGAUGUUGUCUUCUCACACUAUUCAAAGCCCACAAUCAAAUAAACAGCUUAUGAAGCUCUCUUAGCCUAAUAGAUCACAUAUUGCAAACAAAUAAUCGGAACAUCGUGUUGGUACAAAACUCUACAAAUGUUUGGGAAUUUCUGUGCUUCCUUGACAAUCGAUAAUCAAUAUCCAAAAACGGACCACAGAAUUCAAGCGAAACGAACUCAGACCACCUCUCGAGAUGGUCUCAGUUCGGUUCGCUUCGAGGGUUCUUUUGAGGGGUCUGAAUUCCUUUUGGAGCAUUCACAUGGCACAAAAACCGCGCUGAGUUCACAUAAAUUGUUUGAAAGGGACCAAGUGUGUGAACACUCUAAGACAGGGGUAUUCAACCGGGGGUCCGCGGAGGUACUGCAAUGGGUUCACUUUUUUUUUCUCUUCCCAAUGUGUUUAUGAAUAUCGAUAGCAAAAAACAGAAUAAAUGUUGAAUUCCAUACAUACAGUAGAAAAGAGGAGUAUCUUCUUUCUAAUUAUGUCAACUUUUAUUUUUCAAUUCCUAUUAGCAAAUUACACUCAUUGGAGCCAAUUACACUCACUGGAGUAUCUGACAUACAUUACAUUUACAUUUACGUCAUUUAGCAGACGCUCUUAUCCAGACCGGUCAAACGUUUUAGAACACCUACUCAUUCAAGGAUUUUUCAUUAUUUUUACUAUUUUCUAUGUUAUAGAAUAAUAGUGAAGACAUCAAAACUAUGAAAGAACACAUGGAAUCAUGUAGUAACCAAAAAAGUGUUAAACAAAUCAAAAUAUAUUUUAUAUUUGAGAUUCUUCAAAUAGCCACCCUUUGCCUUGAUGACAGCUUUGGACACUCUUGGCAUUCUCUCAACCAGCUUCACAUGGAAUGCUUUUCCAACAGUGUUGAAGGAGUUCCCACAUGCUGAGCACUUGUUGGCUGCUUUUCCUUCACUCUGCCGUCCGUCUCAUCCCAAAUCAUCUCAAUUGGGUUGAGGUCGGGGGAUUGUGGAGGGCAGGUCAUCUGAUGCAGCACUCCAACACUCUCCUUCUUGGUAAAAUAGCCCUUACAUAGCCUGGAGGUGUGUUGGGUCAUUGUCCUGUUGUCAAACAAAUGAUAGUCCCACUAAGCCCAAACCAGAUGGGAUGGUGUAUUGCUGUGGUAGCCAUGCUGGUUAAGUGUGCCUUGAAUUAUAAAUAAAUCACAGACAAAUGUGCCACAUGCGCCGAAUACAACAGGUGUAGACCUUACAGUGAAAUAAAGGAAAAAAUAGAUAAAUAAAAAAUAGCAAAUAAUUAAAGAACAGCAAUAAAAUAACAGUAGGGAGGCUAUAUACAGGGGGUACUGGUACAGAGUCAAUGUGCGGGGGCACCGGUUAGUCAAGGUAAUUGAGGUAAUAUGUACAUGUAGGUAGAGUUAAACUGACUAUGCAUAAAUAAUAAACUUGAAUGAGUAGGUGUGUCCUAACUUUUUACUGGUAGUGUACAUACGUACAAUCCCUAUUAUUUCACACAGUCCAUGUAACUUAUGUGAUUUGUUAAGCCAAGUUUUACUCCUGAACUAAUUUAGGCUUACCUAAUCAAAGGGGGUGAGUACUUAUGCAAGGACUAUAUUUUAGUUAUAGAAUUUUUUUAUUAAUUUGUAAACAUUUGUGUAAUUGUCUUUUCACUUUGACAUUAUGGAGUAUUUUGUGUAGAUCAAUUAAAUCUAUUUCAAUCCCACUUCGUAGCACAACAAAAUAAAAAAUAAAAUCCAAGUGGGGUGAGUAUUUAUGAUAUCCACUGUACCUCCAUGAUUGAUGACAAAUGUUGUUUCCACGCUUCCUAUACUCCCAGUGUUAAAUAAAACACAUUUUUUAUCCUGGCUUCCUCUAAUGAAUUAUUCAUUUAUAAAAGAUGAUUAAUGACCAUGCCUUCGAAAAGCAAAUGCCGGUUGUCAGGGCAACACAACAGCAAUAACUCAUCACGCUGAAUUAAUAUAUAUAUAUUUUUUUAAAUAUUGAACUUUUCUAUAUUUACUAGCGUCUGUCCUCCCCUCCCCUCUGGCUGUUUGUAUGUUUUUGUGGUUGUGUGUUAUAUUAAAUUGCACACAAAAAUCAUUUUAAAGGAAAAACGUUAUAACUGAUUCAAAGCGCUACUCUGAGAGCAAACGCUUCUUCAGGCCUCACACAGAGAUGCAUCAUCAAUACACAAAGGCCCAUCAGUGUUGUAGCCAACUUGAACCUAUCCAUCUCACUCUCCCCAUGUACCUAAGGACGUGCACUCCCAGGGCGAGGUGAUAGCGUGCCUGGAGAAGGGUCUGGUCAGGGAGGCAGAGGAGCAGCCUGCGGCCCACGCCAUUGGGGCCAACUGUAAGAAGGCCAUCAUGCGCGUGGCCGAACUUUCCUCAGACGACUUCCACCUGGACAGAUACCUAUACUUCUCCUGCCGGGAGGACCGCGAGCGCUUCUGUGAAAACGUGAGUACCUUGCCUCCCCCCUCCUCUUAUUCCCUCACGUCUCUUUCAAGAGGCAUAAUAUUAAGAUUCCAAGUUUGAUACAUUCAUACUUUUAUCAGAGUUGAACCUUCAGCUCACUGAAAGGUAUUUGUCACUUUGUGAAUGUGAAAAAUUAUUGCUAAUUGAAUCACAAUUCCAUUGUCUUUGAUUUCUAGACUCCAGCUGGAGAGGGCAGAGUUUACAAGUGUCUCUUCAAUCACAAGUUUGAGGAGGCCAUGUCUGAAAGGGUACGUGUUCUACUGUUGAGCCUGGUUGGAAUUUCCCAAUGGAGAGUCAUUACCAAAAUAAUCAUAUCCAUCGUCUGCUACUUGUCAUUUGUCCAUAUGAAUAAUGCUCCGAUUGCAAGGCACUUUGUCAACAUGGUUGGCUAAAGUAGAAUCAAGUGAACAGAGUUAAAUGGUAAUGCAGUCUUUCACCUAUAUUCAUUUAGCAGCGGUAUGCCGCCUCUGCUAAAUCAGGGCCACCACUCCCAAAAAUAUAUUUGACAAAAUAAUUUUUGGGAUGGUAAAAGGUCAUAUGGAACUUUUUGGGCUACUCUAACAAAUCCACAUGGAAAUGUUAGUUAUAGAUCUGUCAUUCUCAUUGAAAGCAAGUCUAAUAAGUGGUAGAUAUGUUCUAUGUGCUUUAUUUCUGUGCUUCCCGUUCUUGAGUUUCGUUUUUGCGUCUUUUGGUUUUGUACACCACCUUCAAACAGUAGAAAAAACUAUAUUUUUGGUUAUUGAAAAUAUAUACUAUAUAUACAAAAGUAUGUGGACAUCCCUUUUUAAAUUAGUGGAUUCGGCUAUUUCAGCCACACCCGUUGUUGACAAGUGUAUAAAAUCGAGCACACAGCCAAGCAAUCUCCAUAGACAAACAUUGGCAGUAGAAUGGCCUUACUGAAGAGCUUAGUGACUUUCAACGUGGCACUGUAAAAUUUCUGCCCUGCUAGAGCUGCCCUGGUCAACUGUAAGUGCUGUUAUUGUGAAGUGGAAAUGUCUAGGAGCAACAACGGCUCAGCCUCGAAGUGGUAGGCUACACAAGCUCACAGAACGGGACUGCCGAGUGCUGAAGCGCAUAGCUGGAGUGGUGUAAAGCUCGCUGCCAUUGGACUCUGGGAGCAGUGAAAAAGCGUUCUCUGGAGUUAUGAAUCACGCUUCACUAUCUGGCAGUCUAAUGGACGAAUCUGGGUUUGGCGGAUGCCAGGAGAAUGCUACCUGCCCCAAUGCAUAGUGCCAACUGUAAAGUUUGGUGGAGGAGGAAUAAUGGUCUGGGGCUGUUUUUCAUGGUUCAGGCUAGGCCCCUUAGUUCCAGUGAAGGGAAAUCUUAACGCUACAGCAUACAGUGACGUUCUACACGAUUCUGUGCUUCCAACUUUGUGGCAACAGUUUGGGGAAGGCCCUUCCCUGUUUCAGCAUGACAAUGCCCCCGUGCACAAAGCGAGGUCCAUACAGAAAUGGUUUGUCAAGAUGGGUGUGGAAGAACUUGACUGGCCUGCACAAAGCCCUGACCUCAAGCCCAUCGAGCACCUUUGGGAUGAAUUGGAACGCCGACUGCGAGCCAGGCCUAAGUCCCCGCAGCAAUGUUCCAACAUCUAGUGGAGGUUGUUAAAGCAGGAAAGGGGUGACCAACUCCAUAUUAAUGCCCAUGAUUCUGGAAUGAGAUGUUCGAUGAGCAGGUGUCCACAUGCUUUUGGUCAUGUAGUGUAUUUUACAGUGGUUUAGACGGUACAAUGAUUCUUCACACUAUACAUUGCUUGUUUUGUCACAUAAACUGAAAUAAGGCGAACUAUUAGAUUUUUAGCAACCAGUAAAUGAAGUGUGUAGAAAAAGUAAUGGAGCUAUAUAUUUUAAAACAGGGCUUGACAUUUAACUUUUUUAGCCACUUGUCCUUCUGACAAGUAGGACUGCAUGGUCUGUAACACCAUUUUUACAUUGUUGUAGGAACCACUUUACAAAAUAUAAUGCAUUACUAACCUUUUUACCAUAGAGAAUCAGACAAAAAUGUAGGCUACCCUCUGCCUAUUGGCUUCUUUGAAUAAUCAGCCUGUCUCAAAAUAUAACACUGCCCCAUUUUUAAGGCUCUCCUGGAGGAUGGUUGGUCACUGUUGGUAGCCUAUAAAAUGUUGCAACAUUACAAUUAUAACCAAAUAUAAUAAUUCUUAUGUCUUUAUAAAAUAAUUCCCUCGAGGGCUCGAAAUUAAGGGCGUCCAGUCAUCUCUGGGACAAUAAAAAAGAUGUCUAGGGACGGUUUAAAACAGACUCUGGGAAAGUUCUGGGUCGACAGAUCCAAAAUUCAUACGACUGCACAAAUAAAUAAAAAGCAGUGAGGCUGAUGCAACAGAUCAGACCGUUUUAGCUUAAAAUGCUGCUAAAGUUGUAUUUCUUUAUUUUAUAAGCUCAACAAUGCGCACAUGGCUGUAGGCUACGCACAAAUGUUCCAAAAUACAAUUAGUGGGAAAACACUGUUCUCAAAAGUGCAUUGCACGGGCAAGCGGUUUCAUGUGACAGAGAUUAAAAUAUAUAUUACUAAUAUGACUGGGAUUAUGCCUUUGGCUGCUGGACAAUAAAAUAACUUUGAUUUGAAAACCAAUAGAACAUGAGUGUGUUUAUAAAAUAAUUCCCUCAAUAUUUCUAUGGUCGUAUUUUGGCUAGGCUAGGCUACUUUGAAACAAGGUAAGACAUGCUUAAAAAAUGACACAGCGUCCAGGUUUUAAACUAUGAAGUUUAUGGUUAAAUAGUUUCUAAAUGCUGAUCGCCUCCGCUCAGAUUCAAGGUGGGUGAUGUGCGGUGCGCAACAGGCACUGUCCUUCACGCUCCGGUCUUGUGACCAUUUGAUCUGAACGAACCGUGUCUCUACAGUAUGUCGAAAGAAUCAAGCCUUUUUUCAUUGUUCCCCUCUAAUCAGGGACUGAUUUUAGACCUGGGACACCAGCCCACCCAUGGCUGCACCCCUGCCCAGUCAUGUAAAAUCCAUAGAUUAGGGCCUAAUCAAUGUGUUUCAAUUGACUGAUUUCCUUAUAUGAACUGUAACUCAGUAAAAUUGUUUCCUGUUGCGUUUAUAUAUAUUUUUUUAUGUUAAUGUCGAGCCCUGCAAAAUGUGUAGAAUUGCAGGAAACUAGCUUUAAAGUAUCUGCCCAGUGAAAAUCUCACAAAUAAUGUUGUUUUGUGGCCAAAGUAUAAAUUGGAGAAAAAACACUUCAAAAUCCGGUAUAUGCCCACACCAUUCUGUUGUUUGGGUACACCCACACCAUUCCAACACAGAAAAGCUGCUUUUUAACACAAUCAAUUAAUAUUUUUGGGAAAUAACUGUUUCACUGGUAUUGUAAGUAAUUAUAGGUCGUAUUUCAUAGAAAUCUGGAAACACUGGGCAGUUACUUUAAAACAGCAAAAUGUUGUCUCUGCGGCCAAGAGGAGGGCCUCUAAAAUUUUGGCCUGAGGCAGUGCCAUUGGCCAUGCCCACAAAUCCUAGGGGAAACACUGGAUUGUCUGUUCUGGUAAUUAUAUUUCCAUUCUUCUGGCCAUUAGUCAAUGAGUCAGAUAGUGAUUGUGACCAGAGCUGUGGUGUGUUGUGGUUGUCCUCCACAGUGCAGAGAUGCUCUGACCACUCGUCAGAAGCUGAUCGCCCAGGACUACAAGGUGAGCUACUCCCUGGCCAAGGCCUGCAAGACGGACCUGAGGAAGUAUCGCUGCAGCGCAGACACCAACAUGCCCCGCGCCCGCGAGGCCCGCCUCUCCUACCUGCUGCUCUGUUUGGAGUCUGCCGUACACAGAGGUUGGGCUGGCUCUUGUCUUCCUAGCCUAUGUCUGUGUGUCUACCUGUUCUGUCUCUUAUGUUUUGUCAAUCUAUAUUGGUAUUUGGACUACAAAACUCUCAUAUGGUGUCACACUGGUGUUACUUUUAGUGUUUUUCUCUCCAGAUAAUUAAAUGAAAUGUCUUUCAAGUGCCCCACUUGCAGUUCCUGUAUGACAUUUCCUGACCUGUGUGUGUUCCAGGUCGUACGGUGAGCGGGGAAUGUCAGGGGGAGAUGUUGGACUACAGGAGGAUGUUGAUGGAGGAUUUCUCUCUGAGCCCAGAGAUUGUGCUGCAUUGCCGUGGGGAGAUCGAGGCCCACUGCUCCGGCCUCCACCGCAAGGGACGCACCCUGCACUGUUUGAUGAGGGUAGGCCGAGGAGACCAGGGCGCCAUCGACAACCUCUGCCAGAAAGCUGUGAGUUCAGUUCACCUACAAAAUCUCACCAUAGAUAUUAGGAGAUUCGUUAUUUAGACUGAGAUUAAGAGCACAAUCAUUUAGCGUGGAGCUUUUAAAGAGCAGCCAAGGACCAGAACGAAAAUACAUACUGUACACAGGUAUCCACUUCAAAUAAUGUUAUUUUUCUACUUUUAUUUCUAUCGAUUGAUUGGUUGUUGUUAUUCCCCCCCUCAGCUCCAGACCUUGAUCCAAGAGGCAGACCCUGGGGCAGACUACCGUAUCGACCGGGCCCUAAACGAGGCCUGUGAGUCUGUCAUCCAGACCGCCUGCAAACACAUCCGCAACGGAGACCCCAUGUGAGUCGCCAAACUCUUCCACUCUCCUGCUCACUUUACAAAGAUAAUAGGAAAGAGAACUACUAGAACAGUGAUUUAAAAAAAAAAAAACAAUCUGUCAUACAUACAGCUCUAGUAAUGUGUGUUUGUUGUACGUGUGUAGGAUCCUGUCUUGUCUGAUGGAGCACCUGUACACAGAGAAGAUGGUGGAGGACUGUGAACACAGGCUGCUGGAGCUGCAGUACUUCAUAGCGCGGGAUUGGAAGUAAGGGGCAACACUAGUUUAUGGUGAUCCUCCACACACGUGGUGAUCCUACACAUUCAAAGCCUUUUAAGCACUGUUACGUUAAUAUAGGAGCCUGACCAGGCUCCAUAUAAGGGUUUUUAGUAUGCCUGGUCAGUGUUCAUUUUCCUAGUAUGGCUUCCUCCGACGUACUCUUGCUUGCUCUUUGGGGUCAAGGCCGGAUGACUGUAAAUCACUUUGUGACAACUGCUGAUGUAAAAAGGGCAUUCUAAAUGCAUUUGAUUGAUUGAUCCUCACACUUUCUGUCUCCCAGACUGGACCCCAUCCUGUAUAAGAAGUGCCAGGGCGACGCCUCCCGCCUGUGCCACACCCACGGCUGGAAUGAGACCAGCGAGAUGAUGCCACCCGGCGCCAUCUUCUCCUGUCUGUACCGCCACGCCUACCGCACAGAGGAGCAGGGACGGCGGGUGGGACUGCACCCAUAGACAUGCAUACAUUCAUAUAUAUUUCUAUGUCUUCAUAUACUCAUGAUUGACUGCACCGCACUGCACACAGGAAACGCAUCAGUGCCUAAUGUAGAGGAAUAGCGAUAUAGAUUUACUUACAAUAAUCACAGAAAUAACUAUUGUCUGAAGUGAUCUAAGACCUUUAGAAAUACUAUACAUCUGUCCUCAGUACAUUCUAAAAGUGUUGUCCUUUUAAAAGGGGAAUGCAGUGGAACAAACAGGAAAACAUGGUUUCAUUGUAAGUAAGUUAAGUGGUGAUGAUUAUCAUGAUGUGAUUGGGUUCUGAUUCCUGAAGAUGAUUCUAGUCAAAAUGAGGGCAAAUUAUGGAUGUUUUGUUGUUGAGGAAUGUCAAUUCGAACACAUUUCUGAAAAUGCAAUUAUUUAGUUAUCUAAUGGCUUGAUGUAUCAGUGCGCACCUUUACAUGUUGAAUGUGUCAUUGGUGUCAGAAGUGGAAUUCGGUAAUGUAAUUGUCUCUAUACUCAGGAAUGAUCUUUAGCCUUUCAAUGAAAAUAACUAUCAUUUGAAUAAUCUCUGAAUAUUAGACUGGAAUGGUUGCUUGGUCUCAUUGACAACAGUGGGAUUAUGUAUUGUGAUCACCCAAUCAAUAUACUGAAGGUACACUACAAGCAAACACAUCAUUCAUUUUGAUGGGACAUACCAUUAGCAUUGGCACUUGCUUAUCUUUCUUGGGCUCCUAUCUCCCCUACUGCCUGGUUGUCUCUUGUCCUGCAUCCUAAACAGGGUUGGCCUCAAUUCCAUUUCAAUUCAGGAAGUAGCCUGACUUGGAAUUGACUGAAUUGAAAUGGAAUUGACCCAAACCCUGAUCCUGAAUUCUAUAAUGUUGAGUUCUAUUCUUUGAUAUUACCUAGCUGUCUCGGGACUGUAAAGUGGAGGUGCAGCGUAUCCUCCACCAGAGGGCGCUGGAUGUGAAGCUGGACCCGGAGCUGCAGAGACGCUGUAUGACCGACCUGGGGAAGUGGUGCAGUGAGAAGGCCGAGUCUGGACAGGUACUGGAGGAGACCACCUGCUAUUUGUCACACAUCAUUCUUAUCACUUGCAUAUUAAAUCAUAUCAUCCAUCUAUUUUAUUGUAGCCUGUAAGUGCUGACGUGAUCAUUUUUAUUUAGAAUGCUGCAUACUCCUUAACUAUAACAUGUGGCCAACCGUAUUGGGCGUAGAUCAGGGGGACAGUAAUAAUUGCACAACCAAGGUGUACGUUUUCUGUAUUGAAGUCUGACAUGGCAUUUUAUGGUGUUCCAGGAGCUGGAGUGUCUACAGGACCACCUAGAGGACCUGGUGUCAGAGUGCAGAGAUGUGGUGGGCAACCUGACUGAACUGGAGUCUGAGGUAAAAUAGGAGUACCAGGGACACAUUGACUGACUGCUCUGUAUGAAGAACUGGCUGUGGUGAACUAUGGUUGGUCACAUGGUAAAAGGGUGUUCUUCUCUCCUCCCACCAGGACAUUCAGAUUGAGACCCUGCUGAUGCGAGCCUGUGAGCCAGUCAUCCAGUCCCACUGUCACGUGAGUCCUACCUCUACCCCAGCCCUGAGCGCUCUCUCAGGGCUUCUCAUACCAUCAACCCCCCUUCAACUCCACUUCCAGUGACAGGGAUAUAUCUCCUGUCAAGAGUCUAGAAUUUCAAAUGAUCCAUUAUUCAAAUAGAAAUGUGAGUUAUAGAUCGGUCAUUCUCAUUGAAAGCAAGCCAAAGAAGCAGUAGAUCUGUUCUAUGUGCUCUAUUUCUAUGCUUCCCGUUUUUAAGUUUAGUUUUUGUACUUUCGGUUUUGUACACCAGCUUCAAACAGCUGAAAAUACAAUAUUUCUUGUUAUGGAAAAUAUAUUUCACAGCGGUUUAGAUGGUACAAUAAUUCUCUACACUAUACUUGCAUGUUUUGUCACAUAAACUGAAACUAGGCGAACUAUUAGAAUUUUUGUAACCAGGAAAUGGCGGAACGAUUUCUACAUAGUGCAUCUUUAACUGAUUUCACUGACUCUUAUAAGGACAAGAGAUAUACUGCAUUUCAAUGGCUUUGUAUUUUGACUCUAUCAGUACUCUAACCUUUUUCCUUAUAGUCUUGGCUCCUGACCACUUUCUAUUUUUCUUUCUCUCUCUCCCUCUCUCCCAGGAGGUGGCAGAUAACCAGAUCGACACGGGGGAUCUGAUGGAGUGUCUGGUGCAGAACAAACACCAGAAGGAGAUGAACGACAAGUGUGCCGUGGGCGUCACACACUUCCAACUGGUGAGUCUGUCUGUGGGCCAACUCCAAAAAUACUCCCAACACUGGUGUAGAUCUGAAACAUAAUAUAUGCCACUUAACAAACGCUUUCUUCAUAGUAUGUGUGUGAUCCUUGCGAGAAUUGAACCCACGACCUUGACCGUUGCUUCACUCCCAUUUCUCUGCUCUUUCCUUCUCCUUUUGCUCUUCCCUCUCAGGUCCAGAUUAAGGACUUCCGUUUCUCCUACAAGUUUAAGAUGGCCUGCAAAGAUGACGUGCUUAAACUCUGCCCCAACAUCAAGAAGAAGUGAGUGCUGUCUGAGUGAGAACCCGGAAAUAGUUGAACAAACUGUCAAACAAACGUUAUUUCGCUCCCCCUCUCUCACAUUCCCUCCAGGGUGGACGUAGUGCUCUGUCUGAGCACCACGGUGAGGAACGACACUCUGCAGGACAUGAAGGAGCAGCGUGUGUCUGUCAAGUGUCGUAAGCAGCUGAGGGUGGAGGAGCUGGAGAUGUCUGAGGAUGUCCGUCUGGAGCCUGAGCUCUAUGACUCCUGUAAGCAGGACAUCGGGAGGCUGUGCCAGAACGUGGCCUUCGGGAACGCACAGGUCAGUAUUAUUAAUGAGUAUUCUAAACGCAUUUCCCUCCAUCUGAUUCCCAUCAGCCUGACUACAGCCUCACUUGUCAGUCGUGCCCUAGACCAAAGCGUUUAGCAACGGUAAUAUGGGGCGGCAGGUAGCUUAGUGGUUAAGAGCGUUGUACCAGUAACCGAAAGGUCGCUGGUUCUAAUCCCCGAGCCGACUAGGUGAAAAAUCUUGAGCAAGGCACUUAACCCUAAUUGCUCCUGUAAGUCGCUCUGGAUAAGAGCGUCUGCUAAAUGACCAAUUUAUUUAUUUAAUUUAUAAUAUUUCUACAUGAUAAUUAUUGAUGACUGUGACGAUGAAGAUGAGUGCCCUCUCUCUGUAAUAGGUGAUCGAGUGUCUGAAGGAGAACAAGAGGCAGCUGACCCAGCGCUGUCACCACAGGGUGUUUAAGCUGCAGGAGGUAGAGAUGAUGGACCCAGAGCUGGACUACCAACUCAUGAGGGUCUGCAAGCAGAUGAUCCGGGUAUGUACUUUUCACUGAGUCGUUUUAGCAUAACACAGGUCCAAACACAAGGCAAAUGCAAACAUUGUAAGGAAGUCUUCAACAAUGUAGCUAUGCUCAAAGGCGCCUCAGUCAAACCAUGAUUGCUGAUUACAUUGCAUUUGAAAUAAAAUGUUAGUGUAUUUUGUGUAAUUAUAAUUUUCUGAAGAAGAGGUUCCUGGCGGUUAGUAAAACUGUCAUACAGGCAGGAUGACUGUGGCUUGUGGUGUCUAUGUUGGUCUCUCCCAUGUGUCUUCUCUCCCAGUGUUUUUAUAGUCUGGUCUCUUACAAGAGAAAAGCUGCAUAGUCUGUGGCUCUCUUGAAAUGAACGUCAUUUAUAAUAACAACCAACGUUUCGACAGCUACACUGCCUUCAUCAGGGUUUCAUAGUGUUCUGUCUGUCUGUGUCUCUACCAGCGGUUCUGCGCUGAGGCUGAUGCCAAGAACAUGCUGCAGUGCCUGAAGCAGAACAAGAACAGUGAGCUGAUGGACCCCAAGUGUAAACAGAUGAUCACCAAGAGACAGAUCACACAGAACACAGGUAGAUACUGAACACACACACACACACACACACUAUAGCUCACAAUCAGAGGAGGCUGGUGGGAGGAGCUAUAGGAAGACGGGCUCGUUGGAAUGGAAUAAAUGGAACAGUAUCAAACAUAUGAAACCACAUAUUUGACUCUGUUCCAUUUCUUUCAUUCUAGUCGUUACAAUGAGCCCGUCCUCUAGCUCCUCCCACCAGCCACCACUGCUCACAAUAUGAGCAGAGAUUAUGGCUUCCAGCAUGCAUACACAGCACCUCUGUAGUAUUAUUUGUGCAUUAUUUGUUCUCACCUGGUCUCUAAACCCGGGGUUCUCACCCUGUCUCCUCUCCUGUGUGUCCUGUCCAGACUACAGGUUGAACCCGGUGCUGAGGAAGUCGUGUAAGGCUGACAUCCCGAAGUUCUGCCAGAGCAUCCUAAACAAGGCUACAGGAGACAGUGAGCUGGAGGGACAGGUCGUCUCCUGCCUCAAACUCAAAUACGCCGACCAGGUCAGAAGGCACUGGUUCUUUUUAUUUCGUUCACCAUUUUUUGGGGGGGGUUUGUUACUACUGUGUUGAGGCGUUUUUCAAUUUUUUCUGCAUAUUUCUCUGUUUGGGUGUGUGUACUAAACGUGUAAUGUUGUCCACAGCGUCUGUCUCCUGACUGUGAGGAUCAGAUCAGGGUGAUCCUACAGGAGUCAGCUCUGGACUACAGACUGGACCCUCAGCUGCAGGUGCACUGCACUGACGAGGUGAGUAGGCCGGCCGGUCCUGCACAAUACUAUUUCUACUGUUUACACACGUGUUAAGGUUUUUUACACAUUGGGUAAGUCACUGAGUAACACACUGUGUGUGUGUGUGUGUCAGAUCUCUCGGCUGUGUCCAGAGGAGGCUGCGGCCCAGGAACAGACGGGUCAAGUAGAGGAGUGUCUCAAAGUCAACCUGCUCAAGAUCAAAGUGGAGGGCUGCAAGAAGGUGGGUGUUUCUCAUCUCCUCAAACUGACAAUGUUCCGCUUUCUUGGAGUCAAUAGUCUGAUAAACUCCCUCUUCUUCACCACUUUCUCUGUUUUCUCUUCAGGAGGUGUUGAACAUACUGAAGGAGAGUAAGGCAGACAUCUUUGUGGACCCUGUCCUCCACACAGCAUGUGCUCUGGACAUCAAACAUCACUGUGCUGCCAUCCCACCAGGACGAGGACGCCGUGAGUAACACACACGCACACACACACAGUCAAUUUGUAUACACACCUCUGUCCCUAGUACACACAUCCCUUACCCCUUUGGCCCUUUUCCUCUGUGUUGAAUGGCCUUACUGCACUGUUGGAGCUAGAAACGUAAGCAUUUCGCUGCACCUGCGAUAAUAUGUGUAUGCGAUUUAUGUAUAUAUGUGUAUAUAUUUGCUUUGUUUACCUGACGGUGUGUGUUGGUUCCUCCUCAGAGAUGUCCUGUCUGAUGGAGGCUCUGCAGGACAAGAGGGUGCGUCUGCAGCCAGAGUGUAAGAAGAGACUGCAGGACCGCAUCGACAUGUGGAGCUACGCUGCCAAGGUGAACAAGACACAUACACCAACAACACGUCACUAGCUUGACUAAACACUCACACCCGUGUCCCUUCAAAACAAGAGAGAACCUAUGGAACGUUACAUUGUACUUUUUAAAGUACUUACAUUUUCUGUCGUGAAUUAUCAGUCGAUUAGGCUUGUCACGAUACCAAAAUCUUACAAACAAUAUGAUAGCAGACCAAGUGUCACGAUACCGAGUAGUAUCGCAGUACCACAGUGGUCUAGCAUCCUGUUCGCCCCGUCCCCCGGACGCUUUUUUAUGUUUCCCAAACGUUCUCCAAAAACCUGUCACUGAAAUUGACACUUCUACUCAAUACAACAUAUUUCAAUUUAACUUCACACUGUUCAGUGUAUAAUAUAAUACUGCAUAGAAUGGCUGAUUUGCUCAUAUUUGCAAAGGCCUACCUGAGAUUUGGCUGGAGGAAUUGGUGGAAGGAAUAUACAUCAGUAGUUGUAUUUAUUAUGGACCCCCACCCCAUCAGUGGAGGCUGCUGAAGGGUGGACGGCUCAUAAUAAUGGCUAGAAUUGCACAAAUGGAAUGGUAUCAAACACAUAGAAACCAUGUGUUUGAUACCAUUCCACUUACUCCACUCCAGCCAUUACCACUUGCCUGUCCUCCCCAAUUAAGGUCCAACCAACCUCCUAUGAUAUACAUUCAUAAUGAUCUGCAUUUCAUUGUGUCGGUAAGGGGAAAACACUGCAUGAAACCUUCUUUACUUCUGCUCUUUUUUUUCUCAACACUUUUUUUGUUGUUUUAUUUUUACUUUUUUUUGUUAAAAAUAAAUGCACUGUUGGUUAAGGGCUGUAAGUAAGCAUUUCACUGUAAUGUCUGCACCUGUUGUAUUCGGCGCAUGUGGCCAAUAAAAUGUGAUUUGAUUUGAUUUUUUACUCUUCAGUUAACGGAGACACGCUCUCCCUCCCUUCCUCACACACUCUCUCUGUCUCCCUCACUCUCAUAAACACACACACAAACUGAAUUUAAGAAGCACCAGAAAUAUUUAUUUUUGAAUAUAGUUUAGGCUUACAUUAGGCCUCUAUGAAUCUUACCUUUUCAAGCACAUCUCAUGAGUAGCAGACCAUUUUCCUUUCUUCCUGUGACAAUCAACUUUGCUUAAACCUACUGUCAAAUUACCAGGUUGUUAGCUAGCUAGGUAAGAGGACUGAACAACACCAAUAAUUAGUAACCCAGGAUUAGUAUAAAAUGGCCCACGACAUGGUUUGUGAAAUUAUAUCAAAUGCGCCCGAAUCCCGAUAGAAAGGAAAAAUAAGGCAUCUCUGGUAAUAGGGGCAUUUUAUUUUUUUUACAGUUUAGGCUAGAGACAAGCCAUUUUCUUAGAUGUAAAGCUGCAGACCAGAGCAUGUGAGCGGAGUUGAACGGUUGGAAAUCCUGCUCGCCGCUCUGGAGCUCCAUGUCCUUUCCAACCGCUCCGCUAAAAACAGCUCCGUGCUCACAGUAAAAAAAACUGCCACUCCAAAUUCGCUUCAUUCAUUAAAAUCACAAUUUAACCAACACCAAUCUAAUUUUGUGACUCCCUGGACCUACCAUUUGGUUUUCAAGUAUUGAAACCAAAUCAUAUGGAUUUGAAUGAAAAGUAUUUUAAUAAACAUGAAAAGGUGAAUGUAAGAAGCGCACAUCAUUUCAAAUAGUCUACAUGUCAUAUUAAACAGCAUAUAAACAUUCUAAAUAGGUCAGGAGCCAGACAGGGAGCCGAAGGAGGAAGGAACGAAAAUGAAUUAUUUAGGCUAUAUUAUUUCAAUUACUUCAAGGCUACAGCCUACAAAGAAAUACAUUGUGAAGCAUUUGCGAGUGCGACACAAUAGGCUGGUAGGGACAUAAAGGGCUCAGCAUUUAAACAACAUUUUGUUGUAUUAAAUCAUUAUAGUCUAUAAAUUGCGCAUAUACAAUGGCUUAUGAAAGUUUUUACCCCCCUUGGCAUUUUUACUAUUUUGUUGCCUUACAAUCUGGAAUUAAAAUGUGGCGCAGUGGUCUAAGGCACUGCAUCGCAGUGCUAGCUGUGCCACUAGAGAUCCUGGUUCGAAUCCAGGCUCUGCUGUAGCCGGCCGCAACCGGGAGACCAAUUGGCACAGCGUCGUCCAGGGUAGGGGAGGGAAUGGCCGGCAGGGAGGUAGUUCAGGUGGUAGAGCAUGGUGUUUGCAACGCCGGGGUUGUGGGUUCGAUUCCCACGGGGGGCCAGUAUGAAAAUAAAAAAGAAUAAUGUAUGCACUAACUGUAAGUCGCUCUGGAUAAGAGUGUCUGCUAAAUGACGUAAAUGUAAAUGUAAAAUAGAUUUUUGGGGGGGCUUGUAUCAUUUGAUUUACAUAACAUGCCUACCACUUUGAAGGUACUUUGUAGAGCCACCUUUUGCAGCAAUUACAGCUGCAAGUCUCUUGGGGUAUGUCUCUAUAAGCUUGGCACAUCUAGCCACUGGGAUUUUUGCCCAUUCUUCAAGGCAAAACUGCUCCAGCUCCUUCAAGUUGGAUGGGUUCCGCUGGUGUACAGCAAUCUUUAAGUCAUACCACAGAUUCUCAAUUGGAUUGAGGUCUGGACUUUGACUAGGCCAUUCCAAGACAUUUAAAUGUUUCCCCUUAAACCACUAGAGUGUUGCUUUAGAAGUAUGCUUAGGGUCAUUGUCCCGCUGGAAGGUGAACCUCUGUCCCAGUCUCAAAUCUCUGUAAGACUGAAACAGGUUUCCCUCAAGAAUUUCCCUGUAUUUAGCACCAUCCAUCAUUCCUUCAAUUCUGACCAGUUUCCCAGUCCCUGCCGAUGGAAAAACAUCCCCACAGCAUGAUGCUGCCACCACCACGCUUCACUGUGGGGAUGGUGUUCUCGGGGUGAUGAGAGGUGUUGGGUUUGCGCCAGACAUAGCGUUUUCCUUGAUGGCCAAAAAGUUCAAUUGUAGUCUCAUCCGACCAGAGUACCUUCUUCCAUAAACUGCCAUAAAAAAUCCAGACUACGGUUUGCAAGUGCACAUGGGGACAAAGAUUGUACUUUUUGGAGAAAUGUCCUCUGGUCUGAUUAAACAAAAAUAGAACUGUUUGGCCAUAAUGACCAUUGUUAUGUUUGGAGGAAAAAGGGGGUGCUUGCAAGCCGAAGAACACCAUCCCAACCGUGAAGCACGGGGGUGGCAGCAUCAUGCUGGUGGGGUGCUUUGCUGCAGGAAGGACUGGUGCACUUCACAAAAUUGAUGGCAUCAUGAGGGAGGAAAAUUAUAUGGCUAUAUUGAAGCAACAUCUCAAGACAUUAGUCAGGAAGUUAAAGCUUGGUCGCAAAUGGGUCUUCCAAAUGGACAAUGACCCUAAGCAUACUUCCAAAGUUGUGGCAAAAUGACUUAAGGACAACAAAGUGAAGGUAUUGGAGUAGCCAUCACAAAGCCCUGACCUCAAUCCUAUAGAACAUUUGUGGGCAGAACUGAAAAGCGUGUGCGAGGAGGCCUACAAACCUGACUCAGGUACACCAGCUCUGUCAGGAGGAAUGGGCCAAAAUUCACCCAACUUAUUGUGGGAAGCUUAUGGAAGGCUACCCAAAACGUUUGACCCAAGUUAAACAAUUUAAAGGCAAUGCUACCAAAUACUAAUUGAGUGUAUGUAAACUUCUGACCCACUCUGAAUGUGAUGAAAGCAAUCAAAUCUGAAAUAAAUAAUUCUCUCUACUAUUAUUCUGACAUUUCACAUUCUUAAAAUAUAGUGGUGAUCCUAACUGACCUAAAACGGAAUUUUUACUAGGAUUAAAUGUCAGCAAUUGUGAAAAACUGAGUUUAAAUGUAUUUGGCUAAGGUGUAUGUAAACUUCCGUCUUCAACUGUAUAUACUGAGAUCAUGUGACACUUAGAUUGCACACAGGUGGACUUUAUUUAACUAAUUAUGUGACUUCUGAAGGUAAUUGGUUGCACCAGAUCUUAUUUAGGGGCUUCAUAGCAAAGGGGGUGAAUACAUAUGCACGCACCACUUUUCCAUUAUUGAUUAUUUACAAUUUUUUUCAUUUCACUUCACCAAUUUGGACUAUUUUGUGUAUGUCCAUUACAUGAAAUCCAAAUAGAAUUCCAUUUAAAUUACAGGUUGUAAUGCAACAAAAUAGGACAAACGCUAAGGGGUAUGAAUUCUUUUGCAAGGCACUGUAGGCUGUGACUUACUUAGAAUGAAAUGAAAUGAAAAAUGACUUAGUGCCUUUUUAAAUCAUUUUUAGAAACACGAGUUUGGCCAGUCUGUGGCUUCAGUCUCAUGCGAUGGUGCCUGGAGAGCAGGCCAGCAGUGGAGAAGAUCCUGUCCAUACUUGCAGAGCCACUGGGGAUGCUAAACACCCUUUUGGCCAGGCUGGGCAGAGAUGUAGUUUUAUUUUUUAUUUUUCUAUAGGUAGGCCUGAAGGUUUUUAGGCAAAAUAACCCAAUCAAAACGGAAAGCUCCUUGAACAUGGGAAUAUGCCAGGCCUAUUGGGCCAAAAUCAAUUAUGGCCUAUUGUAUAGAUCAUAGAACAAAAAUGAAUUAAACGUUUAAGAGAGAAGAUUUUUUUUAAAUAUUAUAAAUACUUUUGUGACAAUGACACACUUAGUUAUCUACCCACCUCAUUCCUUUCUUUUAGCAUAUGCAUAUAGUAAGUACACCAUCAUGUAUUUUCAGAUUCCACAGUGAUUAUUUAGUUGUGGACAUUACAUCACUGCUCUCCCUCUCUUGCUCUUGGUCCACAUCUUUGUAAGUCACCUUGAUUUAGCACCUGUGUGUUCUAUCAGUUUCUUUGAAAAUAUUUAGCGAACUCCAUGACAGUAGCUAAAGCAAGGGUCUAUAGCAGCACACAAGUAGACUGCAAAUGCAUGCUGGGCCGAGCAUGCCCUGAGCUCGUGAAGUGAGCGCUAUUGGAGGGAAAUUGGAGCGGUUGAGAAGGCCGACGCUCCCGCCUUUGGGAAUCUCGCUCCGCGCUCCAGUCAAAUUGGGCACGCUCUCCUCCAGCUCCGCUCACAUACUCAGACUGGUCUGUGCUCUUGGUUAUAACAGGCGAUGAAAUAAGACAAUGUAUCCACAUUGCUUGCUUUGCUCGCUGCUCCGAUGUAACAAAUGUACAAAUCUAACAACAGAAGAUUCAUCAGGGUCUGGGUCUGCAUCCCCAAUCACCAUCACAGCUAAAUUAUAUUUUAAAAAACUGAUGGAGGAAUAGAUGCACAUGAAGAGUAGGCUGAGAGAAGCAGGUGAGUGAGGGCUGGUAGGGGAUGCAGCUGGUUGAUUACAGCUGCCACACGUGAAAUGCGCAUUAAAGUAUAGUGGAUAUUAUAGUCUAGUGGCUGUUGCUUAAAUUCAACUGAAUUUUUUAACAAAACUGACUUUAUACAACAUUUUAAAACAUGCGCCAGCAGGUUCUUUAGAUCGGUAGGGCUGAAAAAGUCUGCACUAUCAUAUGAAACGGUACUACGGUAUUCAAAAAUGUUGGGAUCAUGAGGUUUUGGUACCGUGAUAUUACCGGUAUACCGUGCGACACUACAGUGGAUGCUACCCUCCUAUGGUCUAGCAUUGAACUCACACAAUUUCACAUUGAACCCUCUCUACUUUUCCAUACUUUGACUGACACCCACACCUGCUCCCCUCCUUCUCUGUCCCUCCCAGGUGGCCCCAGCCGAAGGCUUCUCAGACCUGGCCAUGCAGGUGAUGACAUCACCCUCCAAGAACUACAUCCUGGCUAUGUUUGGCCUGGGCGUGUGCGUUCUCUUCCUGUUCGGCCUGCUGUGUGGCCGCAUCACCAAGCGAGUAAUGCAGGAGCAGAAGGACAGGUAGAGAGGGGGGCCUCAGAGGGCCACAACAGCAAAAAAACCUGGACAGGGCCCUCCCCUCCCUCAGCAUAGCCCCAACUACCCCCACUUCAGCCUGGCUCCAUGUACAAACCAUGUCCCCCUACUUUCUCCUAUCCUCUUUUACCCCCCAGCCUCCUCCACGUCACUCCCUGAGACUGGGCUUCAUGGGGGAGCCAUUCAAGCUUCCCUGUCAUCAUCGCUAUGUUGUCGGAGGGCCACUUUGGGGCCUACAUUACCCAGACUCCCCUAUGGUGGUUGGUCUCCCAGCUUCACUG